GUGAAACCAGGCCCUUUCAGCUCAUCUCGCCCUCUCCCCCCCGCAUACACCCCUUUCCUUUUGUCUGCAUCGUCGCCCGAGGGUCCCCAGGAACAGGAAACACUCUGUAUUAUUCACCCGACUUCAUUCUCUCCCCUUCAUCGCCCUUCGCCUGAAGUGACCACGUCCAUUACCCUCCAACUCAUUCCCCUCACAGACCAGGACGACUACAUAAGCAACAAUGUACAACGUAGACGCGUACUUGAAGUCCUUGACAUCCAACGCCGCCAAGCUGUCAAAAAAGGUUCAGGAUGGCAUCGCUGAGAACACACGCGACUUCCGUUUUGAGAACCAGGCGCACUUUCUUGAUACGAACGAAGACAAGAUGAGGGAGAUUCGAAAGAACUUGGACUCGAAAUACGAAAAGGAAAAACUGGAUGGGCUGAAGCGGUUAAUCGCUAUGAUCUCCAAGGGCAGGGAUGUAUCCGAGUUUUUUCCUGACGUGGUCAAGAACGUGGCGUCGAACAGUCUGGAAGUCCGCAAGCUCGUUUACAUCUACAUUCUUCGGUAUGCAGAGCAGGAGCAGGACCUGGCAUUGCUCUCGAUCAAUACCUUUCAGAAAGAUCUAAGUGAUAAGAACCAGUUGAUCAGGGCAAUGGCACUGCGUGUCAUGUCCGGUAUCCGUGUGCCAGUCAUCAGUCCAAUUGUCAUGCUGGGCAUUAAAAAGUGCGUCACGGAUCUGUCACCUUAUGUCCGCAAGAUUGCAGCGCACGCCAUUCCAAAGUGUUACCAACUGGAUCCGGCUCAAAAGGAUGCAUUGAUCGACAUUAUCAACACCAUGCUCGGCGACAACUCGACGUUUACAAUCGGCAGCGUUCUUAUGGCGUUCAAUCACGUCUGUCCUGAUCGGCUGGAUUUGAUUCACCCUCAGUACAGAAAGCUCUGCAGGAUGCUCGUAGACAUGGAUGAGUGGGGUCAAAUUACAGCCAUGGAUUUGCUGCUGCGAUACUCGAGAACUCAAUUCUUGAAUCCCAUCGGAAAGACAAGCGCGACAACUACUCGGGCCAAGAAGGAAAAGAGCGUUGUCAAAUCAUUCUACUCAGACGACGAUUCUGAUAUCUCCCACCACUCUUCCGACGGCUCAGAAUCAUCUUCGGAUGACGAGAACAACGCUGUCGAUCCUGAUCUUGCAUUCUUGAUCAAAUGUGCGCUGCCAUUGCUCCAAAGUCGCAACAGUCAGGUUGUUCUGUCGGUCGCUAAACUCUACAUGCAUCUGGCGCCUGUGGAAGAUUCAUACAAACUUGGUCGACCUCUCAUCAGAUUGCUCAGGAGUCAUCGGGAAAUCCAAUAUGUAGUGCUGAACAACAUUGUCGCCAUUGCCAGCCAGAGGCCCUACGUGUUUGAUCAAUUCUACCAGCACUUUUUUGUCCGCUCGACAGAUCCAGUGUUCAUUCGCAACUUGAAGCUCGACAUCCUGACUAUGAUUGCAACAGAGAGCAACAUUACGUUCAUUCUCCGCGAGCUACAGGAAUAUGUCAAGAGCUCAAACAAAGGCUUUGUGACGGAGGCCAUCGAGGCCAUCGGGCGGUGUGCUUCAAAUAUACCUGAGAUGGCCGAGAGCUGUCUCGGUGGUCUUCUUAAGCUGGCGUCUAGCAAGUCAGACUCUGUUGUUGCCGAGUCCGUUGUUGCAAUCCGUCGUCUUCUUCAGCAAAGACCUGACGACAGUAUUGCUAUGAUCACGCAGCUUACAAAAUUGUUGGAUGAUAUGACGGAACCACUGGCUAGAGCCAACGUUUUCUGGCUUGUGGGCCAACACUGUGUUCAGUUGACGACAAUUGCGCCGGAUGUACUUCGCAAGGCUGCCAAGUCGUUCUGCUCAGAGAGCGAAGGAACCAAACUUCAGAUCUUGACACUCGGAGGAAAAUUGGUUGCACAAGAAGGAGCAUCGUCCAAGACGAUCAAUCUACUGUUCCAAUAUAUUCUCAACAUGGCACGCUAUGAUCUGGACUACAACGUGCGCGACAGGGCUAGGUUCUUGAGGGCACUUGUUUAUGGAAACCAAAAUGACUUGCAAUCGGGCGGCUCAGGCGAUCAGAAUCAGGAGAGCGAUGAGAAUGGAGAGAGCGAGGAGCAUCGUGAUCACGGUGAGGAUAUGGGAGGGUUCGAGUACAGCGAAAAGGAAUUGAAUCUGUCGGAUCAUAUCAAGGCCAUUCUAUUGAGCGAGAAGCCAGCGCCUGUUCAAGAGAAUCCAUCUCAUGGUCGUGAACAAUACAGGGUCGGCUCGAUGUCACUGGUGUUGAACCGCGUUGUAGCAGGGUACGAGCCCUUGCCAGAAUGGCCAACCACUCAACCUGAUCCCUCGGUGCGUCGAUUGGCGGCUCAGAUGGAUGCACCAGGAUACAUGAAUGAUCACACAGGAUUUGGGAGUGACUCUGCAUUUGCGAAGAGUCGUCAGGCAGCAGGCGGCUUUGAUGCUUCGGGUGGGUCGCGAUAUGAUGGACAAGCAGGAGCGUACCGUGGAGCGCAGUCGCUGGACAAGUUCUUGGAGUCGUCUUCAGAAGAAGAAACGUCGUCUGAGGAGGAAACUGAUUCGGAUGAGGAUGAUGAUGGAGAGGAGGAGACGAGUGAAGGAGAAGACGAAGAGGAGGAAGAAGCGAGCGAAGAGGAGGAGGAGGAGGAGGAGGAGGAGGAAAGCGAGGGGGAAGAGGAGGAGAGUGAAGAAGGGGUAUCGUCUGAAGAGGAGGCGAUCCUGCCACCGACGUCGAAGCGCUCCAACGGACGGCGUUGAUAGCUAAUGAUGAAUGUUUUUUCCAAAAUGAAAAAAAGUCUUAAUUGCAGAGCAACGACAUGACCAAUGGACUAAUGGAUCGCAAUGGUAUUGAUUGCGGGAAUGGUGGAGAA